AUGAAUUUCAGCCCCAAUACGCUGAUGCAACAAUUGAAAAGUAAUUCAAAGAGGUUAUACAAUGCUAUGCUACGAAGUUCUCCAAUGGUAUCACACAUCAGUGUGGUUUAAUCACUAUUAAACUCCGCCGCCCAAGAAAAUAUGACAAAAGCAAGUGACGUGCAUUCAGAGUUAAUUAAAUUCAUUUGGUUGCAUCGUAUUUUCUAUUCAUUUAGAAACGUUCGGAGGAACAGUGCAAAUAAGACGAGGUCGCACAUAGCUCGUUUCUAAGGUUUUAUACAUAGCAUACUAAAAGCUUUAUAUCUGAUGUUUUAAAAGUCAAUCGAACAGAUGAAACAAUCAGCAAACAUCGAACAGGAUGAGCUUGCCACAGUUGUCCUCGAGGACUUCAAGUCUAACACCACCCUCCACGGGCUUCCUCAUGCCCUAAACAGCACUCGGAAUUGGCGCAAGGCACUCUGGGUCUGCCUGACGCUCGGGUCAGCGGCAGCGCUUGUAACCCAAUUGACCGAAAACUGGGAAACUCUUUUUUCUUAUGAAAUCGUAAAGUUGUCAACCCCGAAGUUACAUGAGAAUCUUACCUUCCCAGCAGUGACGAUCUGCAACGAGAAUAAUCUACGAAAGAGCAAAGUUACAAACACUUCAUUACAACAGGUGUAUGAAUACUUACGAAAUAAAACAAUUGGUAAUGUGACAGAUCAGGUCUUAGAUUAUCCGUUAGGGAUGACAAAAGUGUUUGGAAAGGACGGCCAUGACAUGAGAGACAUGCUUCUUACUGCAUCCUGGAACGGACUUGUUUCUGUAACCUCCCAAGACUUUCAGCCCUACUUUUAUUCAAAGUAUGGAAAAUGCUUUGUAUUCAACGGUUCACAAAACAAAACAAGUCCCGCAAGAACAACUACACUUAAGGGCAUGGGGUCGGGAUUUGAGGCGCUACUCGAUAUUCAGCCUGAAGAAUACAUGGAUUUAUCAUCUAAUGAGGCAUCUAGCGCGAUUGGACUUGUAGUUAACAUACACGAUCAGCACCAGGACCCCGCGAUAAUAGAUACAGGAGUAUCAGUUGCACCUGGAUCAAGAGUAGAUUUUGCCAUAAAGCUGACACAGCAAAAGCGACUACCAUUCCCUUACCCAUCUAAGUGCGAAAAGGUGGAAAAAGCAAGGCUCCCAUUGACUGACAGGGUUUAUUCUGUCAGUCGAUGUGAAGAAGAAUGCAGAGCCAAAGAUUUGGAAGAUAGGUGUGGAUGCAGGUUUCUGGACUUCGCCAAUGACAAGGAUGUUCCCUACUGUACACCAAGAGACAAGAAAUGCACAAUGAGUAAGUAGAGGGGAAAAGAGAGGGGC